AUGUUUCCCACAGCAAUCCUCAUUCCAGCUGCUUUGAUUUCCACUGCCCUGGCAGGACCAUGGGCUAACAUAUGUGCCGGCAAGUCUUCCAACGAGAUCCGGACAUGUGACAGCUACGGCUGUGGCCAGUACUCUGCUCAAAGAACCCAAAAGCAUCACCCAGGUGUGGAUGUCCUGUGCUCAGAUGGGUCUGUGGUGUACGCACCAUUCACCGGGAAGAUAGUGGGCCAGGAGAAACCCUAUAGAAACAGAAAUGCCAUCAAUGAUGGUGUUCGACUGUCUGGAAGAGGUUUCUGUGUCAAAAUUUUCUACAUUAAGCCAAUUAAGUAUAAAGGUUCUAUCAAAAAGGGUGAGAAGCUGGGCACCUUGCUGCCCCUGCAGAAAGUUUACCCUGGCAUACAAUCGCAUGUACACAUUGAAAACUGUGACUCCAGUGACCCCACGGCAUACCUGUAA